AUGUCGCUACCAAUACCGGACCUCAGAUUCGAGCAAUCGUUUCUUCGGUCGCUUGACGGCUACGCAGGAAAGAGAAGUGACGGUGGACUUUCAGAAAAGGAACUUCAGGCCCUUGAACUGGGAGACCCUGAUGCCCUUGCCCCUGCCCCAUUGAACCCAGUAACUCCAGGAAUCGUCGUAUAUGCAGUACUCAAAGAUCAGAUAAUAAUGCCCUUAGUACAAGGGUUUAUAUGGGCUGGAAUCCUAUUAAGCUGGAGGCCUGUUAGAGUCGGGAUCAUCAGGUAUGGGCAGAGAAGUGGAGAGUACUUGUUUAACAUGAUAGGCUUGGGGAAGAUGAGGUAG